AUGUUACUCCAUGAAUAUAUCCCCGAUGCGAAGCGCCGUUCAGGUUACGGCGUCCCCGGUAAGCGACACUUCCGACGCCGGCUCAGCAGUCGUGGUGGAACAUGUGCAAGAUGGGCCUCGUUUACCUCCCAUCAAAAUCAGAGCACAUUGCCUAAAGACUGCUGGGAACGUCCGAUUGCGGAGCCGAAAAUAAUUCACAUCAGUGGAGUCAUUGUGGAGAACGAUGGGUCCAAGAUACACACAAGAUUUCGUCGACCGCUAGGACGGAUGGAGGAUUCUGAAGCGCAACUUAGCUGA